CUCGGCAGCAAUAGUAACAGUAAACGCCGCCGUUUUUUGGAAUGCGCUAAAAAACACUCUCAAAAUUUGCGCAGCAGCAGAGGCAGUGGCUUGUGACGUCAAAAGGAGUCGCGUCGUCGUCCCCGUAUUGUGACAGAGAGAGACGGAGAGAGAGAGAGAGUAUUAGUGUUAACAGUUAUUCCUUUGGACCUCCCUCUCUCUGUGUGUGCCGCUGCCGUUGCCGCCGCGAAAAUGGAACAGCCGAGCAUACUCGUCAAAAUCCUUCACUCGGUGCCGCACGUGAAUUACACGUUUCGCCGGGUGAACGACACCUUCAAUCCGGACAGCGAUAUAUAUCUCGAGAGUUUGGGCAUCCUUGCCUCGAUACCCGCCGGCCUGCUCAUCGUCUCAUUGGUGGGACUGCUGCUGUAUUUACUCACCCGCUGCUGUGAUCGACGCCAACGGAAGCCGAGCGCCCAGCGAUGCCAGAGCUGCACUUUGCUGAUCAUCACCCUGAUGACAUGUGCAGCGAUUGGAUUAGGUUUAUAUGGCAACGAUGACUUUCACAAUGGACUGCUGCAGGCAUUUAGCUCUGGAAAGAAUGUUGAGGGUCUCGUUCUCACCCUGAAACGACAGACUGAAAGCAUUAAGCAUGACCUGGAGUCCAAGAUGGCCGGCCACAAGGUGGAGCAAAUGGUGGAGAAGCCCCAAUACAAUCAGACGGUGGUGAUGCUGCUCAUUGAGACGUCGCGCCUGGUGCGAGAGAACACAUCACGAGCGGUCGCCUCCCUGGACAGCAUGGUGCACUAUUUCAUGAAGGCCAAGGGCGGCGAGAAUGACACCUCAUUGAUGGGGCUGCUGCACAUGGGAGAACUCUACGAAUCGAUACGAUGGCCCGCCACCUUGGCCUUCCUCACUGUCCUGCUGCUGCUGUGCACGGUGCUGGUAAUUGGAGUGGCACGCAGGUCGCGUUGCACCUUGAUAUUCUUUAGUGUUUCGGGCCUGUUCUGCAUCAUCAUCUGUUGGCUGCUGGCUGGCAUCUACUUGGCCUCCAGUGUGGCUGCUGGUGACUUUUGUAUGCGACCCCAUGACUACAUGUGUCGACAGGUUGGCAUGCGGAGUCCUUAUGUGGAUUUCCUGAAUUGUGGCACGCCCAGAAAUCGUUUUAUUUUGCGCCUGAACGAGAGCAGGGAUCUGGUGGAUCGGGCCAGAGAGAGUGUGGAAACCAUGCAGCGAAUGAGCCAAGAGACCUAUCCCCGCAUCGAUGUCCAGCGCACCUUGACGGCCAUGGACAAUGAUCUGGAGGAGACGCGUCGCAAUCUGACGACCCUUUCGGCCACUCUCGAUCGCAGGGCCAUCGAUCGGCAUUAUGCGGAGGCGCUGCGCGGGCUCUGCGGCGGUGGAUUGCUGGGCCUGAGCCUCAUGAUGGUGGCGGGGCUGCUCACCUCCUUCCUGCUGACGAUACUCGUGUAUGCGGACUCGCAUGCCUGGAUCUACUUGAGCAAGCGACCCACGCUGGAUGCAGACAAAUCGGAGACGGCUCCCUUGUUCCCGGCCUCAAAUGCGCCCAGUGCCAGCAUCUCGCCAACAGCACCGCUGGGCACGGGGACUAUCAAUCGCACGCUGCUGCAUCAUCAGCAGACGCAGGGCGGUGGUGCAGGAGGCGGCGGCGGUGUGUCCAGCGGUGGUACACUGCCAGGAUCCGGUGGAGGAGGCGGCGGUGGCGCAGGCGGAAUGAACGGCAACAAUGGCGUUGGACCGUACAGGAAUGGAACGGCGGGACUGAGACAAGGGUUGGCAUCACCAUCAUCACAAUCUCAAUCAAGCCACAACAGCUCAUCCACGGCCAUUUAUGGCCACCACCACCAUCACCACAACAACAGCAACCAGAACCAGAACCACUACAACAACAACCUCCACAACAAUCACUACAGCAACCACUACAGCAACAACUACAACACACAACAACAACAACUGCAACAACAACAACAGCAACAGCAUAAUAGAACUAACCAGACGACAGCGGCGGCGAUGGCCACGAUGGUAGCUCCAAUGACAAUGGCCGGCCACCACCACACACGCACCUCGGUGUCGGGGGCCGCCAGAGGAGGGGGUCGUGGAUCGCCGUCGCCGUCGCCGCCGCCCGGCUAUGAUAUGGUGCAUGGCACAAGGUCCGGCCAUCACACAUUGGGACGUCUGCCGUCGCACCAUCAGCAGAGCGCCUCGUAUAUGCAGGGACCGAACAAUGGAAAGUACGCGACGCUCAGCAAGCAGUGUAAGACGCUCGAAUCGAACGACUUUUACUGAGAUUCGCUUGCCUGCAGCACCUAUGCAGGCAAUAGCAACAACACAGCCCAGCAGCAACAGCAGCAGCAGCUCCAACUGCAGCUCCAGCUGCAGCAAGCGCCGCCGCAGCCACCACUCCAGCAGCAGCAGCAGCAUUCCCAUCAGCAGCAGCAGCUGCAGCACAGCAGCAACAUCAUCAAUCAGCAACAUCAACAUCAACAUCAGAACAGCAGCAGCACCUUGAAGAACAUAUUCGCUUCGGCGACCCUGCCCCGUUCCACGGGCAGCUCCAUCCGAUCCGUGCUCUCCGCACAGACGGCCAAUGCCAUGUGCAGGUCCACAGGCAACGGCCUGGAUGUCGGCAACGAGGGGGGGCUGGCCGACGACCGGGAUCCCCGCGAUGUCACAAACAACAGCUUUAAUCGCUUCGAUCCCAAAUACAUCAGCAUCGGACCCAAGGCGGUGCGUGGCAACAAUAAUCUGAAUAUUGUGGCUGCGGCGACGGCCAACAAGUGUGCCACAUUGCGGCAUGUGGGCCGAUAUGGUGGCUCCCUCAAGGGUGUCUCCUCCUCGAUGCCCAUGGGUGCCUCACCGUCGCCGAAUCUGCGCAGCGCCAAGACGCCAUCGAUAGCCACAGUUUCGAAGGAUUACUGCCAGCAGCCGGACUGCAUACCGCAGGUGUGUGGCUCCACGGAGUUCCUUGUCCAACAGCAGCAGCAGCAACAGUUGCAGCAGCAGCAGCAGCAGCAACAGCUGCAGCAACAGCAGAAGCUGCAAUUGCAGAUCCAGUUGCAGAUACAACAACAGCAGCAGCAGCAGCAGCAGCAACAGCAGCAGCAGCAGCAACAACAACAGAUGGUGCCACCACCAGCACCACCUCCGCAACAGCCACAGCCGCCGCCACAGAUGCAGAUUCAACCCGCACCACCGCCGCCGCCACCAAAGCCAAAGAAUACCUUCACAGAGAUACCCGGCACCACGGGCGUUGGGAGCUCCUACGCCAAGGAGCAGCUGCAGCAACAGCAGCUCCUGGCCCUCCAGCAACAGCAACAGCAGCAGCUUCUGGCCCUUCAGCAGCAGCAGCAACAGCAGCAGCAGCAACAGCAGCAGAUUCAUCCACCGACGACCCACAUACUGCCGCCCUCGGCCGUCUACAGCAUCGAGAGCAGCGAGGUGCCGACGGCUGCGCCGCGGGUGGUGCAGCGCAGCCUCAAUCCGGCCUCGAUCGUGAACCAGCCGCUGCCGGAGAUACCCUCGCAGUCGCCCACACAGUCGAAGAUAUCCGCCCAGCCGCUGUGCGCCGCCAGUCUGGGACAGUAUCGGUCGCUGCAGCGGCCCCAGAGCCACAAGAUCUCAGCCGCUGCCUCCCAGCCACAACAGCAACAGCAGCAGCAGCAACCGCCCUCCCUGCCGCCCAAGAACAGGCACAAGACAUCAAGGGGCGGAGGUGGUGGCGGUGGCGACUCUAGCAAUGCCAACCACAUGCAGACCCUGCCACCAAAGUCCGCCAGCCUGCGGCAACAGCAGCAGCAGCAGACAGGCGGCUAUGAGAGGGAGCGGGAGAGGGAUCGCGACCGCGAUAGAGAGCGUGAACGUGAACGGGAACGGGAGAGAGAUCGUGAGCGUGACAGGGAGCGGCCGCGUCGUGCAGAGACGCUAGACAAUGCCCGUAGCUACGUGGAGCAGCAGCAAUACGGUGGCCAGGUGCUCGUCGGAAUGAAGAAGCAGCACUCGUACGACAGCAGCAGUACGUAUCAUCACCACCAGCAGCAGCUGCAACAGCAGGCCCAGCAGCAGGCGGCCUUCUACCAGCGCCAGCACAACAACAACUAUCAGGGCGGAGCCGGUGUGAGCUCCUCCAAGCAGCAGCAACAGCAGCAGCAGCAGCUGCUCAUCGAACAGCAACAGGCGCUCUUCUAUCGCUCUCUGAAACGUGGCGAACGAGGAGCAGGCGGAGGAGGAGCCGGCGGUGGUGGCGGCGGCACUGGACCCGCCACCCAUGGGACACACUCCAGCCAUGCCCAUGCGCACGCCCAUGCCAGCCAUGCCGCCCAUGCCAGCAGCGACCUCUACUCGGUGACGGAAUUGUAGGAGUGCGCCUGCUGCGGCGGCGGCGUUGAUGUUGUGCGACGGGGCACAUCAUCAACGUCGCUGCACGCAGCGGCGGCGGUAGCCAGCACUCACACCCAGACGCAGCAGUCGGCGCAGGCGCCCAUUCCCCUGCCCCCCAAGAAGCAUCGCUCAAGCCACGCCCAACAGCAGCAGCAGCCGCCCCCCCAAUCCGCCUGCAAUGCCAAUCUGUGCGAGGAGCACGAGUACGACGAGUACUUCCCGCAGCCAUACGACCAGCAGGCGCCUCCAGCCCCCGUCCCAGCAGCCGUCACCACCACCUCCUCCUCGUCGAAGCACGCCAAGCAGCAGCAGCAGCAACAACAACAGCAGCAGCAGCGGGCGGCCACCUUCGACGUGGCCGAUGCCCGGGACUACGAGCUGAAGCGUCUGGGCAACCGGCGUUCCCAGCAGCAGGCGGCACCCAGUAAGCGCAACGGUGGAGCAGGCCUUGCCGCUGCAGCAGUGGCAGCGGCGGCUGCCGCAGCGGAGCACCAUCACAGCCAUCGCAGCCAUGAUAGGGAGCGAUCGCGCAGCGAUCAUCGUAUAGCCAGCUAUGCCUGCGAGGAGGCGGCGGCAGCAGCGGCGGCAGCCCUGUGCAGUGCUGGUUCCAUGAGUGUGCUCCCCGCCAAUGGUUCCCAGCAGCAGCAGCCAUCAUCCCAUCGUGGCCACCAGCAGCAGCAGCAGCAGCAACAACAACAACAGCAGCAACAACAACAACAACAGCAGCAGCAGCGGCGGGAGAAAACCUUUAAAGUAUGAUUUUUAGAGACGUCAUAAAAAUUGUCCACUCCGCGCCCGCCAGACGGUGGCAGGGGCGGCUCCAGGCGACGAACGCGUUGAGGCGGAGGGGCGGUCCAGGAAGCGUUGCGGAUUCUUUCGAUUAGAGAACCCCCACACAGGAGGAGCGACGCCUGAAAUUCAGUGGAAAAAGUGGAAAAAUUAUUCCGAUUCUGCUGCUCCCAAUAGCCAUUCCAAAGCAAAAAAUUUGUUUAACUUAAGUCUGUCUCUGUCUAACACCCCCCACCCACGCACCCUGUCAUUCCCACUACCACUACCA